ACAAUAAUUCUCUGAAUCCAUUUAUAAAAAAAAUGUCUCUCUUUCUUUCAAUCCUAACCCUAACCCUUACUUUAUUCAUUCCUACAUGUCUCUCGUUUACAGUCAUUAUGUCGGAUUCAGGGGUCCCAUCUGCUCUUGUAGAUGCACCUCAAACAGGGUUUUCUGUAAACAACAAUGGUGCUACAACCGACCGUGAUGAGCAACAAGCAGUUUACGACAUCAUGAAAGCUACCGGAAACGAUUGGGCCACUGACAUCCCGGAUGUUUGUAGAGGACGUUGGCAUGGGAUUGAGUGCAUGCCAGAUAAAAACAACGUUUUUCAUGUUGUUUCAUUAUCGUUUGGAGCAUUAUCAGAUGACACUGCUUUUCCUACUUGUGACCCGACCCGAUCAUAUAUUUCACCUUCCAUCACUAAAUUACCACAUAUCCGGACCUUGUUUUUCUACCGGUGUUUUACCGACAAGCCGCAACCCAUUCCGCCGUUUUUGGGCCUAAUGGGCCCCACUUUACAGACUCUUGUUUUAAGGGAAAAUGGACAUGUGGGUCCAAUUCCUACUCAACUUGGUAAUCUAACCGGUUUAAGGGUUCUUGAUCUUCACAAGAACAACAUAAACGGUUCAAUUCCGGUUUCUUUUAGUCGGUUCACUGGUUUAAAGUCUUUAGAUUUAAGUAGUAACAAAUUAACCGGUUCGAUUCCGAGCUUUGCCUUUCCUGAACUCACUAUACUAGACCUUAACCAAAACCAUCUCACUGGUUCAAUUCCGACCGAAAUCGGAAACUGCGAUUCCCUCAUGAAAAUCGAUCUUAGCCGUAACCGACUCUCCGGCGUAAUUCCCGAUUCCAUCGGCGGAUUAACAAGUCUAAUCUUGAUGGAUUUAAGUUACAAUAGCCUCUCCGGCCCAACUCCGACGUCCCUAAAUAACUUAGAUUCCCUUCAAGCUCUCAUCCUCAACGGUAACCCGAUCAGUUCCAUGAUUCCAUCCACCGCGUUCGAUAAGUUUAAAAGCUUAAUGAUCUUAAUCCUCUCGGAUACAGAUUCAUACGGGCCAAUACCUGAGUCAAUAGCCCGAUUACCAAACUUACGAAUCCUCCACCUUGAUCGGAACCGUUUAAACGGAUCGAUUCCAACAAGUUUCCGGAACGUGAACGGUUUGAGCGAGCUCAGGCUGAACGAUAAUCAAUUGAUGGGGCCGAUUCCGUUCGACAAAGAAAUCGUUUGGAGAAUGAGAAGAAAAUUGAAGCUUGAAAACAACUUAGGGCUUUGUUAUGAUGGUCGAAACGGGUUUGGAUCCGACUUGGGCUCGUUAUCGGAAUCGGGUAUUGAUCAUUGUGAUAUGCCAAGACCGGGUCCGGCUCAAAUGGUGCAACACGUUGCCACGACUAAUGAAGGUGAACCGGGUCUAGCGAACGGUGAAAUUAGUUAUAGUGUAGGUUUAGUUCAGUUAUUAACAGUAGUUGUAUUUUCUCUAUUUUUAUUAUAAGUAAAAGUUAUACUUUAAAUCAGUUAGUAGCAGUAGAUGUGAUUUUCUUGUAAUUAAAUUUGUAUAUUUUUGUUUAAAUUAUGUUUUAUGAUAUUUGUUAGGAAUAUUUUUACGUA